AUGCCUUAUCAUACAUUGCUUAGCAGAUAUUGUUCAGAGUUUGGAUAUAGUUUCCUAUUGUCGUUAACUUGCUCUUAUUUUGCAUAUGACUUUAUUAGGUACUGCUUGUUGGGUCUUCCGCAGUUAUCGCUGAUAAUCUCGGGAUCUCAAGCCCAGGCUCUUGGCAAUCUCGAUCAUAAUUUCAGCUUUUUAUUUUUGCAAAGCACCGGUGUUACAGCCUGCAACUUAAUUAGGCAGUCUGAGAUCAAUGGAUUUUCGACAAACAUUAUACAGUUUGUUAUUUACACCCACAUUGAAGGCCCAAUUAAGCUCGUGCGGAUCGACGUUCCAGGUUUUAUCCACAUGCAAAUAGAGAAAAUAAAAAAAAAGACAGCGUUCUUAGGACAAAUGCAGUACAAAAAUCACAGUCCUGUGCAUUUGACAUGUUCUAAGCAAGGCGAAGAAACUCCACGUGGAACAAAAUCAACCACUCCUAGUAGAAAAGAAGUAAAAGAAAGUGCUCUACUUCCAUUGUGUUGUUGUUGGUGA